GCCCUCUGAGGUCGCCGUAGCAGUAGGUGGAAGCGGUGCGGUGGUCGGUGGGAGGGUGAAGAGAAGGCGGGGCCUGACCAUCCGACUUCCUAUUUCCGGCCCGUGGACACAAGGCUGAGGGGCGGGAUUUGGGUGUGAGAGUUUUGACUUCGAGUAGUCAAAUCUUGCGGCUCUGGUGCAGAGGCGAGCAGAUAUUUCAAAGGUUGGUCUAUUCUGCCUCCAGGUCAAAACCAGCUAGUGACUAAGGAUGAGUCUCCAGUGGACUGCGGUUGCUACCUUCCUCUAUGCAGAGGUCUUUGCUGUGCUGCUCCUCUGCGUUCCUUUCAUUUCUCCCAAAAGAUGGCAGAAGAUCUUUAAGUCCCGCCUGGUGCAACUGGUGGUGAGCUAUGGUAACACCUUCUUUGUGGUUCUCAUUGUUAUCCUGGUGCUGCUUCUCAUUGAUGCUGUGCGGGAGAUCAGGAAAUAUGAUGACGUGACAGAGAAGGUGAACCUGCAGAAUAACCCUGGGGCCAUGGAACACUUCCACAUGAAGUUGUUCCGAGCCCAGAGAAACCUCCACAUCGCUGGCUUCUCUCUGCUGCUGUCUUUCCUACUCAGACGCCUGGUGACCCUUAUCUCCCAGCAGGCCACACUGUUGGCCUCCAAUGAAGCCUUCAAAAAACAGGCUGAGGGUGCCAGUGAGGCUGCCAAGAAAUACAUAGAAGAAAAUGACAAGCUGAAGAAGGAAGCUGGCACAGAUGGUGGUAAAUUGGACCUGAACGAUGAUGUGCUAGUGGAGAACAAAAACCUGAAGGCUGAGCUCAAGAAACUCAUGGAGGAGCUGGCUGUCAGCAAGCGAAACCUGGAGAGAGCAGAAAAUGAGGCUCUGGCCAUGCGCAAGCAGUCAGAAGGGCUGACCAAGGAGUAUGACCGUCUGCUGGAGGAGCAUAACCGCCUCCAGGCUGCAGUGGAUGGGCCGACAGACAAGAAAGAAGAGUGAGGGGUUGGCUCCCUUCCUCUUUCGAUCUUCUUCCUCCUUCCAUCAGUUGGCUUCUAUUCUUCCCCAUCACAAGCAGCUGCUUCUCUCUGGGUCACAUUGGAAAGGGGGGAACUUCAAGGAAUGCUCCCUGUCCCUCACUCCCUUGGUAUUGGGGAUCCAUGCCUUCCCCAAGCUCCAUAUACCCCACUGCUGACAUAACUGCUUUGGGCUUUCACUUUUGCUCAGCUUGUAAAUAAACCAACUUUGACCACUGAACCACCCCCCUUCCCCUCCUCAUUACCCUGAAUCUGGAGUGCAACCCCAGCAAUUGGGGGUGGGAGCAAGGGUAGAGUGCCUAGAUAUGAUGAUUGCAAGCUUGAGCCCCUUCUCAUUUAGUCCCCCUUGCUUUCCCUACCUUCAUCUCUUCCUAUUCCAAAGAACAAAAGGGUUAGCUGCCUGAGGAGGGGGCACCUGAGAUUUGGUUGGGCAUUUGGUUUGGGGUGGUGGCUGUUUUACUAUGAAGAGCCCUCUGCUUUUUUCUUGAUGAGGAAUCUCUCCAGUGUGUGGGUACUUCUGGACUUGGUCUGGGAGUAGUUCCCAGCUUCUCUUGGAGAAAUAAAGUUUGUUAAUCAAAGCGA